AUGAUGCUGAUACUUCGAUCUAAUUUAUUUUCAAUCAUUCUACUAUUAAUUAUAAUUCAAUUCAAUCCAUCUACAUCACAAACUUGUACGCCUGAUAUGUGUAACAAGCAUGGCACAUGUUUACAAAGUAGUACGACAAUAUUUGCAUGCCAGUGUGACGCAGGAUUUAGAGGACCUACAUGUAAUGAAGAGAUAAAUGAAUGUUUAUCAUCGCCGUGCGCCAAUAAUGGCACAUGUAGAGAUCUAGAAAAUGGAUUUGUAUGCACUUGUCUACCAGAUUUUAAUGGAACACUGUGUAAUACACCGACAAAUCCUUGUCAAUCUUCUCCGUGUGGAUCGGGAAAAUGUUUUCCUACUAAUCAGCCAACCAUACCCUAUUAUUGUCAGUGUCCAAAUGGAGAAAAUAUGGUAUCAAAAUGUCCUGAGCCAAGCCCGUGCACCAUAAAUCCGUGUGGAGCAGGCGAUUGUGAAGUAAAUCCAAAAUUUCCUAAUGGUUAUUUGUGCAAAUGUUUUGAUAAAAGUGUCAAUGUUCAGCUCACAACCUGUCCACAGCCGAAAAAUCCUUGUGUGACAAUGCCAUGCGGUAAAUCUGCUACAUGUGUACCACUGCAUCUGGCUCCAAACGGUUACAUUUGUUUUUGUGGUGGUGAACCGAAUGCGGCGUUUAUUGAUAAAUGUCCAAUUCCUUCUUUACUGUGUGAUGCAUCAUCGUGUAAGAAUGGUGGUACAUGUUUGCCAUUUUCGCCAACUGAACCGUGGUGUAAUCCUGCUCAAGUUGGAUCUACCUGUUGUCCUAGUGGCUUCACAGGAACUCGUUGUGAAACAGCUCCUGUAACUUCAUCUGGCUGCACAGCAAGCUCAUGUGGUUCAGGAAUGUGUUAUCAGUUGAGCGAUACCGGCGCACAAUUUAUCUGUAUAUGUUCUGAUGGUACUUUUGGAUCAACGUGUGCAAAUGCUUCAGCGAAUAUUGGCAAAAAUAAUUUUAAUAGUCUCACGUUUCCCAUGCACUCAACAACAACACAAACAACUGCUGAAUAUCGUAACUAUCCAUCAUACGCAAAACUGAUAGGUUGUAUGCCAGAUUCUUGUAAAAAUGGUGGUACAUGUGUCGCAGCUUCGCCAGGAUCAACGGUCACGUGUCGAUGUAAAUCUGGAUUUACGGGAGCUUAUUGUGAAAGCGCCAUUAAUGAAUGUGCCUCGAAUCCGUGUUUAUAUGGUGGCACGUGUUACGAUAUGGAAAAUGCAUACGCCUGCUUUUGUCCUGAUAAAAUGUUUCGACCACAAUGUUUUCCACCAACAGAUAAAGUAUCAUCUGGUCAAACACCAUCAAAUUCACCCGUUAAUAAUCCUCAAAAAUCGAUCAGUGAUUGUAUGUGUCAGAAUGGUGGUAUUUGUUCUGUAAAUAGUAAAACAUGUUUGUGCUUAAAUGGAUACACUGGAACAUUUUGUGAAUAUUCAAGUGGUUCUGUCGGUGCUUCAUGUCGUCAAAUCGUUUGUCAGAAUGGUGGAACAUGUCAAAUAGCCAUUUGUAUAUGUAAACCGGGCUAUUCAGGUUCCAGUUGUGAAUCAGAAUAUUUUCGAUGUAGAAGUAAUGGAAGAUUUGCUGAUACAUCUGGAUGUGGUCAAGGAAAAUAUUUUGAAUGUGUUUAUGUUGGUCAAUAUGAUCUUGGCCUUCCAAAUGGUGUUUUAUAUAGUCGAAGUUGUCCGCCUGGUCUCCGUUUUAAUGCCAACUUUGAUCGUUGUGAUUAUCCAAGUGCUGUGCAAUGUUAG